AACUUCAGCAGCGCGAGAAGAAAAAAAAAAAAAAAAAAAAGCUGCUUUGACGUCAGCCACGUUAGAUUUCAGUAGUCCAAGAUGGCGGAGGUGAGCGGGUUGAGGAGCAGAAAUCACUUCGAGCCCAACUGCAAAAACCGAGUCUCCGACGAAGGCUUGAGUGGCGUGGAAGAUGUCCCCAUUUUUCGACAGAAGAAGAGGCCUCCUUUAGCCAGGCCUGAAGACCUGGAGGAUGACUUGCUUCCCAGGACCAUGGCCUCAAACUCCUCCAAAAAUGCCAACCUCAUCCCCUCACCAGAUGAGCAGAUUCAGGAGGAAGAGGCUGUGAUCGAGGAAGAAAAAGCCAGGCCCAUCCAGAUUGUCCUGGCCAACGAGGACGAGCACAGCUUUGAGCUGGACGCUGCUGCGCUGGAGAAGAUCCUGCUGCAGGAUCACGUGAAGGACCUGAACGUGGUGGUCGUGUCCGUGGCCGGAGCUUUUCGUAAGGGGAAGUCCUUCCUGCUGGACUUCAUGCUGCGCUACAUGCACAAUCAGCAGAACGAGUCGUGGAUUGGAGGCGAUGAUGAGCCUCUGACGGGUUUCACCUGGAGAGGAGGCUGUGAGAGGGAGACCACAGGAAUUCAGGCCUGGAGUGAAGUCUUUGUGGUCGACAAGCCUGAUGGCAGCAAGGUUGCUGUGCUCCUCGUUGACACUCAGGGAGCUUUUGACAGUCAGUCCACCAUAAAGGACUGUGCUACCGUGUUCGCCCUCAGCACAAUGACCAGCUCUGUACAGGUGUACAAUCUGUCCCAGAACAUACAGGAGGACGACCUGCAGCAUCUGCAGCUCUUCACAGAAUAUGGCCGGCUGGCGAUGGAAGAGAUUUACCUGAAACCCUUUCAGUCCCUGAUGUUCCUGAUUCGCGACUGGAGUUAUCCUUACGAACACGACUACGGACUGGACGGAGGCAACACUUUCCUGGAGAGAAGGCUGCAGGUCAAACAGAACCAACACGAAGAGUUGCAGAAUGUAAGGAAACACAUUCACUCCUGCUUCUCCAACAUCGGCUGCUUCCUGCUGCCACAUCCUGGCCUCAAGGUGGCCACCAACCCCUACUUUGAUGGCAGGCUGAGAGAUAUUGAUAGUGAUUUUAAAAGGGAGCUGGCCAGGCUGGUUCCUCUCCUCCUGGCCCCAGAACGACUGGUGGAGAAGGAGAUCGGAGGCAACAAAGUCACCUGCAGAGAUCUCGUGGAGUACUUUAAGGCUUACAUAAAGAUCUACCAGGGUGAGGAGCUGCCUCACCCAAAGUCCAUGCUGCAGGCGACAGCGGAAGCAAACAACUUGACCGCUGUGGCAGGAGCCAAAGACAUGUACAGCAAGAACAUGGAGCAGGUCUGCGGCGGGGAUAAACCCUACAUCGCCCCGGGUGACCUGGAGCGCUGCCAUGAGGAGUUCCGUGAGCACUCGGUGCGUUUCUUCCGCUCCGUGAAGAAGAUGGGCGGCGAGGAGUUCUGUCAGCGCUACCAGAACCAGCUGGAGGCGGAGCUGGACGAAGCCUACACCAACUUCUCCAAACACAACGAUGGCAAAAACAUCUUCUACGCAGCGCGCACGCCCGCCACGCUGUUCGCCGUCAUGUUCGUCACCUACGUGGUCUCCGGGAUAACGGGCUUCAUCGGUCUGAGCACCCUGGCGGCGCUGGCUAACCUCGUCAUGGGCGUGGCGCUGCUGUCGCUCUGUGCCUGGGCGUACGUGAAAUAUUCUGGAGAGUUUCGGGAAAUUGGAACAAUGAUAGAUCUGGUGGCUGAAACGCUCUGGGAACAGAGGAUGGUCAGAAAGGUGAGAGGCGUCGCUUCCCGUUUCUCUGAUCUUCUGCCUGCCGUUCUCAACAUCCUGCCUGAAUUCCGUUUCUCCUUUUUUCCAACACUUUCUUUUGUGUGGUUGUUCAUUGUACGGUGCUUUUUUAUUUCUGCUUAACCCUCUGAACCCCAAACCAACCAGUGGGUUAAAAGGGUUACCUUUAAAAAACUCCCCAAUCAUUGGGAUAUCGAUUUGAUGUGGUUUCCAUAUCAUUAUAAUUGAUUAAAGUCACUUUUUUUCUACGCUUCAUUUAAAAAUUCACCAAAAAAUAAACCAUUUGGACCAGAUCCUGUAAAUAAAAAUAAUAUUUCUCAGAAGCCACAAAUGACUGCAACCAAAAUUCAUGACACAUGUUCUUGGACUUUUUGACUGAACUGAACUUUUUGCUGUGUUUACACCAAGCAGAUAAGAGAGACUGAGAGGAAAAUAAUAAAACAGUCAAUAAAAUAAGUGCAGCGUGGCUUAAAAGUGGUAAACAGAAGAGCAAGUUGUUGUGAAAUAUCUUCAUAGAGUUGCUGUGCAGUGAUGGUAUGAAAAACUCCUUGUUUUAUACUAUGUGGAGCCACCUUUUUUCACAAAAUUGAUAAUAGCUGUGAGCACUUGUUCAAUGUUAAACCUGCACUACAGGCCAAAAGUUUGGAAGCAACUUCAAGUUCCUGUUCACAAUGUCUUUCUUGAAAACCAGUAUGAAUUCUAGGGAUUUUGGGAUGUAUUUACUGCAUGAUCAGACUUUGCUUUCUUUGAUCUGCACCAUUUUCCUCAUUUUACCUUUAGGUAUACAUAGAUGUUACCAGACCAUUGCUGAAUAAAUGUUAACAAAAGAAAAGAAGGGCUUAGGUUUAGAGUUGAGAAGAUUUGCGAGAGUCACAACUUCAGUGCAAAAGUUAAAAAAAACAAAUCAGAGUUUGCAUUAUUCACUUUAGCUCUUUGGCUUUAGAGAAUUUGCAGACAAAAAUCUGCUAUAACUACCACUGAAAUAUCUAGAAAGAAACAGCUGAGUAAAGACACGAGUACAGAUACAAAUACCUGAUAAUUAUAGUAAAGAUGUAUUCUGAUGAGUGACUCUUUAUAUAAUAAUCGUGUUUAUUUUGUUGCAAAGUACACCAGCGAAACUGAUUUUUUUUUAAAAAUUUUUUUUGUACAAGUUUGAUCUUGCUUCCAAACGUUUGGCCUGUAGUGUAGAUAUUCCAAGUUUCCUGUUUUUGUGAAGGAGAUGCUAAAAUAAAUUUACGUUUUUUAUGACUUAUGUCAUAACUUAGGUAGACUGCACUAAAGAUAUUUCUUAUGAGCUCUCUAUCCAUCUUCUUCCACUGAUAAAUUUGCCCAUCGUGAGUAAAAAUACAAGUGACGGGAGCAACAAACGCCCAGAAGUUGCCAUUCAGAGGGUUAAUCUCUCCCUUUGCCAUCAUUUUCCCACCUCCUACCUCAGUGUGUGUCUUGUUCUGUAUUUAACUCUGUUCCUGCCUGCUGUCCUCUCAGGUGUUUUCCAAACUUUGGGAGCCCGUCAGGAGUCACCUGGCGUGGCCACUCUCUCUGCUCCCUUCCCUCCCGUCGUCGCUGGGACUCCGAGCUCCUCUCAACAACAACUACAAGAAGACUAACUAGCUGCUGGCUGGCUGCCGGACUCACAGACUGUUAAACCUUCUUCUCAUAUCAAAACUCCUGCAGUUUGCUGGCUUCUCUGUUUUUCAUUUUUCCAAUGGUGCUGGAUUCUUAUGCUUUUACUCCUGGUGUGGAACGCUGCAGAACAGGCUCGUCUCAGGAUCUCGAGGACGUGGAGCCUGACUAAAACGGUUUUGAAGCCACUAAGUGAACAUUAUAUGGAGGACAACGUCAGGCAGACGGUGGUUAACUCCAUCAAAGCCAGUUUGACAGAACAGGGCUCGCAGCACACCAAGUUAAAGACUCACUGAUGCUCUUCCUCCUCUUCAUCUUCCCCCAUCAUCUUCAUCACCCUCCUGCCCACUCACUCAGUGUGUCCAGUCCUAGAACUGUGGAACUAGUUCAACACCAAAGCUGACCCUCUUUUUAUCGUUUCCCGCCAAACGCUCAUCUACACAUCGCUGCCCCAUCUUCAUCCGUCUGUUAAGGACCUGUAGGCACUGUACUGCUCUCCAUCGCCCCCCAGUGCCUCACAUCAGAUACUGCAUGUUCAUGAGAGGACUGACCGGAGAAGCUGCCUCUUGCCAAAUCCAGACCUGAAGGAUGUUCUCUCCGUGUGCCAUGCUGUGGUAGAUGCAUCGUACUGUAGGCUGAUACUCACACCGAGCUGCACUCGCUUCCAGACUGAGCUGUAAUUCAGGGAAAACUGACACCGCUGCGAGCAGAAGUUCUCAGCGUUGGAUGCAAACACUUGAAAUGUUUUUGUCCUACAGGCCAGACCGUUCAGAGCUCAGUUUACUUCCUCCUCAGCUUGAUAACAACAUUUCCCAUAAGCACAAGUGACUAAUCUACGCUGAAAACUAAUGAAUGUUCUGUUUUUUCUGUGUUAUUUCAGUGAAAUAAGCAGGUUUUAUGAUUCUGCUGAAGUCUAGCUGGAGAGGUAAUUUAAAUGUUCAGAUUUACCUACGACUCUGAACUGAAAGGUUGAGCGCAGGAAAUGAAGCAAAGUUGUAUUUUUUUUUCUUCAGUCUGCCUCCAUUCAUUAGUUAAUCAGGUAACAUUUGUGUAAUCAACCUCUGGGCUCAGGUUGCUUCUAGAUACGAUCUCUGUACGUCUCUCUCUGUUUUUGCCCUUAAUAUGUUUUGAUUGGUCAUAUUAAGGAGCUGAAGGAAGCCUCGAUCCUCUCAGCUGAUUCUCUAUAUUUUGUUUUUAAUUUUAGCGACUGACGUGUUUUAUCUGGCCUUCAGUGUGUCGUAGCGACCUGCCAGCGCAUGGUGUUAAGAGGAACUUUUAGAGCCCAGUUAUAGUGAGACAGCUCAUUUUAAAACCGUUUUCUCUUCCACUGAAGCAGCUCUGACUGGCUGUGAAGUUUGAUUCGUGUUUUGGGAAUCCGAGCUCUGAUGAUUUAAUACCUCAGCUGAUCGAGCAACUGACUGUUUGCUCUCUUUACCCCUUUAAAGGAUUAGUUUUGGGAAAUCUAUUGAUUCCCUUUCUUCCUGAGAAUUACAGAUGAUAAGAAUUAAAAUACUGUCAUAUCUGUGUGUUAAAAUAAAGCUACACUUAGCGUAGCUUAGCAUAAAGACUGGAAUCAGAUGGAAACUGCUAGCAUAGAUCUGCCUCCCACAUUUUUUUCCCCACUAUUUUAGUAAGAGUGGUGCUAAAAUUAGCUUCUUGUGUGACAUUUUCUAGCAGAAAGUGAACAAGAGAAGUGUUUGGCACCAAAGUUCUUCAAGAAAAUCCUCUGAAUUUUACUUUUUCUCCGUACAAUGCGUUGAGAUUGGUAGGACUGUAGACAAACGCCUCCCCUUGCAUUUGUCUGGAAUAAUGUAUAGAUCGAUUUGUUUCACAUUUACAAAGUCAAGUCUGUGUACAAACACAAGAUGUAUUUUCACUGAAAUUGACCAAACUGUACUGAACUAGACCUGCUUUUUCAACCUUUAACUUUGGACAGCCAUGCUAGCGGUUUCCAUCCGUUUCCAGUCUUUAUGCUAAGCUAAGCUAACAGGUUUUGUAUUUAACAGACAUUAAUCUUCUCGUCUGACUCUGCAGAAAGCUCCCAGAAUUCCUUCACCUGACAUGUAAUAACUCGACCUACUGCCUUCUCAUGGCUGCUGACUGUUUCUAAAUCAGACCUCCAUCUCCCAGAAGCAGCUCAAUGACUGGUAAUAACUCCCGUCUUCACACUAACAGCUGCAUCACAUCUGUCUGAGCUCUCUCUGCAUCGAUUCCAUCCACAUGAUUUGUCACCUCAAGCGCCAAUCUCGUACUGUACAGUCUCUCUUUACCUGUGUUCAUAUAUCACAAAUCGGGCAUGUAUGUUGGAUUAAAUAUUUAAAUAAACUUUGUAUACAUUUUAUAGUGAAUCAGUUGAAAAGUGCUGUUGUUUUUUUUUUUGUUUGUUUUUUUCCCUCCUCUUGAUCAACUUACCAGUCUGUGGUUUGUUAAAGAACGAUAAGUCGCUGCUGUAGGUUUACACAUUAGUUUCCUCCUCUUCACGAGAGCGGACGUUAACAGAAACACGGUGUGAAUAUUCGGAUUCUGAUAGGAAAAUGUUUCGAUUGUGACGAGUGGGUCGGAGACAAUGUCUGUCUGCCUUUUAAAGAUAUCUCUGGUAAUUUAUUUUUGAAUAAAAUGUUUACCUUAAGAAUAAAUCAUCAACACAACUCUG